GGUAAGAAUCUCACCCUCGGACUCACAGUCCCUCGUCUUCUCUCAAAGUUUCAGACCCCAAACCCUAGCCGCUUCUCCUCGCCGCCUAACUUAGUACUAUUUAAGUUAUGAAGAAGAACCCUCGCAGCAAAAUUGAGACUCCGACCGAAUUGGAGCUUAGCGAUAGCGAGGAAGAACCCGAAUCGUCAUCUUCUUCUGAAGAGGAGGAGGAGGAUGAGAUAGAACGCGAGUUAGCGGAUGUGACAUUCGAGGAACUGCAAAAAGCGCGCUCUAACGGGUCGCAUUCGAUUUACAGAAAGGAUAACAAAGAGAAGAAGACUGGGCGUGCUAACAAGAAUAGGCCAAUGGAGGUUAGUUGUAAGAAGCCGGUCAGUCGAUUUAGAGAGGUUAUUCAAGUGCCUAAAAAGGUGAUACGAGAUCCUCGUUAUGAGUCUUUAUGUGGUAAUCUUGAUGUUGAGGGGUUUAGGAAGAGAUACAAUUUUCUAUUCGAAGAGGAAUUUUUUGCUGAAAGAGAGGAAUUGCGCAAGCAAAUGAAGAAAACCAGUGACCCAAAAGUUAUUGCGGAGCUGAAGAACCGCAUAUCUUGGAUAGACAAACAGCUUAAGUCUGACUCAACAAAGCGAAAAGAUGACGCAAUUUUGGCCAAGCACAAGAAAAAAGAGAGAGAAGCAGCUAAGCAAGGAAAACAACCAUUUUAUCUUAAGAAAUCCGAAAUAAAAAAGAGAAGGAAUAUUGAGAAGUAUCAUGAACUCAAGGCGGCUGGCAAUGGGAAGCUUGAAUCCUACAUUGAGAAAAGGAGGAGAAAGAAUGCUGCAAAGGAUCACAGACACAUGCCAUACCGUAGGUCAAAUGACAAUGAAGAAUAAUGUUAUUGAAUUCUGGAUCACAUUUAAAGGCAUUGUAGUAUAUUUUUUCCCUUUUUUCUUCCUUCAAAAAAAAAAAAAAAAGAAAAGAAAAGAAGAACAACAACUUUUCAUUGUACCUCGGGUGCUCGAUUUUGUAGUUUGUGGUAUUUGCAGUUGUUGCUUGAGCAAAAGCAGGAGAGAAGAAAGUAGUAUUGCUCUGUUCUUGAUCUUAGUCGAUCAAUAGUUUAUGAAUAUUUAUCCAAUGGUUUAUGAAAUUUAACACCAUUUCACUCGUUUAA